AGAAUAAGACUUGAUCUGAAUGAUGUCGGGACAGCAGCAAGCUAGCGAUCUGAACUCCAUCACUUCCAUAUUUGAGAGCAUGUCUUAUGGUCCUGCACCUGAGGCACCCAACGUAGCUCAGGCUUGGUUAGAUGACCACAAGCGUGACUUUGGCCUGUUCAUAGAUAACAAGUGGGUGAAACCAGAAGGCAGGAAAUCAUACCAGACCAAAAACCCAGCUACUGGGGAAGUUCUCGCAGCUACAUGUCAAGCCACACAGGAAGAUGUUGACAUUGCUGUAAAGUCAUCUAGAAAAGCCUAUGAGUCUUGGAGUAAAUUAUCCUGCCAUGCUCGGGCCAGGCAUCUUUAUAGCAUUGCGAGACAUGUACAAAAACACCACAGACUGAUCAGUGUGGUCGAGAGCCUGGAUAAUGGGAAACCUUUCCGUGAAACUAGAGAUGCUGACAUUGCACUUGUUGUCCGCCAUUUUUACCACCACGCUGGAUGGGCACAGUUGAUGGAUACAGAAAUGAGAGAAUGGAAAUCAGUUGGUGUUAUUGGAGCUAUAGUACCAUGGAAUUUUCCUCUCAUGCUGCUGACUUGGAAAGUUGCACCAGCUCUCGCAAUGGGAAAUACUGUCGUUCUCAAACCUGCCACCUAUACCAGAUUGUCAGCAUUAUUGUUCGCGGAGAUUUGUGCUGAGGCAGGCCUACCUCCAGGUGUAUUCAAUGUGGUGACAGGCAGUGGAGCCAUGGGCAGUAUGCUAGCAGGGCAUGUAGAUGUGGACAAAGUAGCCUUCACUGGAUCAACAGGGGUUGGUCAAACACUGAGACGUCUAACUGCUGGUACGGGCAAGAAACUAUCACUUGAGUUAGGUGGGAAAUCACCAAUUAUUGUGUUUGAAUCGGCAGACCUUGAUAGCGCUGUGGAGGGAAUCAUUGACGCCAUCUAUUUCAAUCAGGGACAGGUUUGUAGUGCAGGUUCAAGGCUACUGGUGCAGGAGUCUGUGCAGGAGAAAUUGAUUGCCAAACUGAAAGAACGUAUGACGCAUCUCAGGGUUGGAAAUGGCAUGGAUAAAGUUAUAGAUAUGGGUGCUGUUGUUGAUGAGUCUCAACGUAAAACAAUUGAUGAAUAUGUUGAGGAGGCGAGGAAAGAGGGCGCUGAGGUAUACCAGGCAUCAGCGUCUAUUCCUGAGAAAGGCUUGUUUUAUCCUCCGACGCUGAUCACCAAUGUGCAGACAGUGUCUAGAGUGGUCGUAGAAGAGAUAUUUGGACCAGUUCUAGUAGUGCUUCCAUUCAGGACUGCUAAGGAAGCUGUUGCUCUUGGCAACAACACCAUAUAUGGACUUGGUGGGAGUGUGUGGACGGAGCAGAUAGGGCUGGCUUUAGAGGUUGCCCUGAAUAUAAAGGCUGGAGCUGUGUGGGUUAAUGCACAUAACCUGUUUGAUGCUGCUGCUGGCUUUGGAGGCUACAAACAGAGUGGAUUUGGUAGAGAUGGUGGUAAAGAGGGUCUGUAUGAGUAUGCCAAGCCUAAGUGGGAAGAGAGAGCGAGGCCAGCUGUGCAGGACUCUAACCUGAAGACAUUUGGUGCUACAGUACAAAGCAGACCAACCAUUGACCAAAACACACCUAAGAUUGCUAACAAGCAAGGCGAGCUACCAACGAUAGACCGUACCUACAAGAUGUACUAUGGAGGUGCUCAGAAACGUCCAGAUGCUCCAUAUUCUCGACCAAUCACAAGCCCUGAGGGGAAGGUUCUAGGUCAUGUCGGUGAGGCAAAUCGUAAAGAUGUAAGAAAUGCUGUCGAGGCAGCCCAUAAGGCGGCCCCAGGAUGGGGUAAGCGUGCAGCACACAAUCGGGCCCAAAUCGUGUAUUACAUGGCAGAGAAUUUAGAGCUAAGACGUGACGAAUUUGCCCAGAAUAUAGUUGAGAUGACAGGGAAGACUCUUGAAGACGCUCAGCUUGAGGUGGACUUGUCUACGCAACGUUUGUUCCACUGGGGUGCUUAUUGUGACAAAUAUGGUGGUAGUGUUCAGGAAACAACCUUAUAUGGUGCUACAGUAAAGAUCCACGAGCCAGUGGGUGUUAUAGGAAUAUGCUGUCCCGAUGACUUCCCUCUUUUGGGCUUUGUCUCCCUCUUUGCCCCAGCUGUGAUACGUGGGAAUGCUAUUAUCAUUGUACCUAGUCAGACACACCCCCUUGCAGCAUUAAACUUCUACCAGGUGUUUGAUACAUCUGACCUGCCUGCUGGGGUGGUGAACAUCCUGACUGGGGACAGGGACCAUGUUGCCAAAUACCUCACUGAACAUCAGGAUAUACAGUCUAUGUGGUACUUUGGAUCAGCAGAGGGGUCAAGAUUUGUGGAAUACACAUCAGCAGAGAAUGUGAAGCGUACAUGGGUGAACUAUGGGAUACCCCGUGAUUGGGCCAACCCAGAACAAGGCCAGGGAGAGGAAUUCUUAUAUCAGAGCAUCCAGUGCAAGAACAUCUGGAUUCCAAUGGGAGACAUUUUUGCCAACUGAGGGGUAGCUGUUUGUUCUGCAGCUGUAUGUAAUUUGCAGCUGUAUGUAGUAUGAAGCUCAAUUUAAUAUACAGCUGUAUGUUAUUCCAACUGUUUAUCAUCUACAGCUGUUUUUAAUCUGCAGCUGUAUGUAAUCAACAGCUGUAUG